AUGCAGCAGCCGUUCAACCCCGAGAUCCACACGCAGGCCGAGGCCGUCGAGGUCGCCGAAAUCAUCUACAAGGCCGGCGAGGGCAAGUGGGGCACGGACGAAGCGACGUUUUGCAACGCGAUCUGCUCGAUCCCGCCGCAGUUCAUGCCGGCCGUCAACGCCGCGUACGUGGCUAAGCACGGUAACAGCCUCGAGCGUGCGAUCGAAAAGGAGUUUGGCGGCAAAGCCGAAGACGCACUCCUCUACCACGUCGGCAUGAUCCUCCACCCGAUCGAGACGAUUGCGGCGCAGUUUGAAAAGACGAUGAAGGGCUUGGGCACCGACGAGUAUGCCCUCGCGUGCGCCAUCGUCCGCUACCAGCACCUCCUCCCGCAGGUCAAGCAGGCGUACCAGGCCAAGUACGGCAAGUCGCUCCGUGACCGCAUCUACGGCGAGACGUCCGGCGACUUCCGCGCGCUCCUCCUCGCGAUUCUCGAGCACUCCAACUAA